AAAUACGUUGUUGUUUACGGAGGUAGCGGAGCAAGUUCCAAAUAGAAUUCCAAUUAAGUUAUUAUCCAGCCAUAAUGGCCAGUAGCAAGGAAUUGUGCUUACGUGAAUGGGCACCGCUCACCGGCAUCAUGGAGCUGAUUCCAACAGCCCGGCGUGGUUUUUUUCAAGCCAAUCUAAAUAUUACUUGCGUCGAUGCCGCUGAAGAUUUCCUGGCGUUGGGCAGCGAUGCAGGAAUUGUCUUUUGGUAUAAUCGCCGUUCGGGUGAAAUGCAAAAACUCAAAGCGGAGGUUGCCACACGCAUUACGUGCGUUAAAAUAGUUAAUUCCGUCGAAUAUAUGGUGGCAGCGGGCAGCGCUAGCGGUCAAGUUAGCGUUUUUCAAAUACAAAAGGAAUUGCCGCCGGACUUGGAUCUGGUCGCACCCUGCACGAGAAACAAACCCGUUGAACGCUACACCAUCAGAGAUUUGCAUCGUUGUGUGGUCAGUUGCUGUGAGUGGUCCAAGAAUGGCAUGAAGCUAUAUUCGGGCGAUAGACAAGGUGUCGUUGUCCUUACCGAAUUCGACUAUCAAAAGCACCUGAGCAAAUCUUUGGAAAUACUCAGCGAAGCUUAUGAGAUUGUCCAGUUGAGCGUGCAUCAGAGUUACCUGUUGGUGGCGACACUUUAUCGCUGCAUUGUUUGCCGAUGUGAUGCAAAGACCUCAAAGUGGCAAAUCACCCAAGUGGGCAGGAAAGAUCGGAAGCAGCUAAUCGAUUGCGGCGGCGUAUUCCUUAAGCAAAAAGCAAUAUCGAACGACAGUUUGCCACAGAUUAUUUGUGGUCGGCCAGGGCUGCGCUUUUGGAUUGCCGACACCAUUGGCAAUGUGUCCAAGACGAUAAUAUUCAACGAGACCGUCCUGCAGAGUCCCGCCUGGGAGAUACCCCUACUCAAUCCCAAGCAGCGGAAUCAGCCAUCUUCAGUAAUGGGAAGCAGUGAUGCAUAUGUGGCUAGCAAAAACUUUCGCGAACUAGAUUUGUACGAUGGCCAGGAUACACUGUUAGUUACCCACGAUGACGUCACAUUAUAUAUCCUCAAUCUAGAGCGUCUUAAAGUUGAGGCUGUGGCACGCGGUUUUCGCAAAAUCCUCGACUUUUGUGUUUGCGGCAAAGAGAUCUUUGUGCUCGAAGGAGAACGUUCGCUGCUCCGCUUGGGUCCGCUGCCGGAACGACCAAAUAAAACGGCUACGGUUAUAUUUAAUCCACUGCUGCCACCACCUCUGCCCAUGCUGGGCGCCUCAUACUAUUCCAAACUGGAGCUUGAGUCCCCGAUUGAGCUGGAGCCGGCAUUAAACUGUGCUGAGGAGUGCUUUGAAGUGCCGGCCAUCGAGAAACUUGAUUUGAAUGUUCCCAUUGAGCUGGCUGUGGAGUCACCGUUGGCGCAACAGAAGCGUCGCUUGGAGAUCUUCCAGCGCAUCGGUGAAAUGGAUUUUGAACAAUCCAUUUUGCAUACAAGCGGCACACUGAACCAGAAGAAGCGCAGCAAGCAAGCAACUGCCACCGGAGGAAUUGUGGAAAUUGGACAGGAGACGUACGAGCGCAAAUUGCCGUUGACCAACGCAGCGACCCUAAUGGAAGCCAGUUACUGUCAAUUAGAGAACAACGGUUUGGUCUCUCCAGUGGAUAUUAAAAGCGCCUUCUUACAGCAUCUGCCAGAUGCAAUGACUCCAACAACGUUGCAGAAAACGGUUGCAAUGAAGGCCAAAACGUUAGCUGAGGAGCUGGACUUGCCGGAUGUUCAUCUGGGACCGGUUAGCUCGGAGGACCUUCGCGUCGUAAAGACACCCAAGCUAAGCGAAUCUUUGAUUAGCUGCUACCCCACCAGACUGGAGGAGGUCAGUGUACAGACAACGCCAGUGAAGAAGCAACUGGCGCCGAACGAGGACGCCACAGAUUACAGCGCUGGGCAGCCCGUUGAUGGUAUUUGUGCAGUCACUUCAAGAGCGCCACUGAAUUUUGUGAAUACUCAACCAAAUACAGAUCCCGAAUAUAGCAGCUUUCUGCCUGAUUUUCGUUGCGCUGCUGAUCCACUCAAGAAGCAGCGGACACCACCCGCAUCUGGCGAUUCCAACACAUCCAGUGAAUGGGAGUUUUUAGAUAACUAAUGUUAUCUGUAGCCAAGUAUUAUUUACAAAGUUCCAUUUGUUGAGUUUGAGUUUCGUUAUUAGUUAAAUGCACCAUUUCUUUUCUUUA